AUUCCUGGAAUUUCCUCAACGCGUCUGGUGGAUUUUCCUAUUUUUGAUAAAAGCCUUCCCAGGGAUGAAAUAUGGCAAUGGCGGUUAGAUUAUCUUUCAUGUGUUUCUAAAGUGAAGUACAUAUUACUUCCUACAACUCAUGAGCUUGAACCUCAAGCCAUUCAUGCUUUAAAAUCUGAAUUUUCUUUGCCCAUUAUUUACCUUAUUGGCCCUGCAAUACCAUAUUCAAACCUCUCUUCUUCUUCAAGCAAUGAUAAUAAUAAUAGCCACAAUACUGACCUAACAUACUUCCAGUGGCCAAGCUCCCAACCUUCUAGCUCUGUCUUGUACAUCUCACAAGGAAGCUUUCUCUUAGUUUCACAACCCCAGAUUGAUGAAAUCGCGGCCGGUUUACGGUUAAGUGGUAUUCGGUUCCUCUGCGUAGCACGAAAAGAGGCUCGCAGGCUGAGAGAGAUAUGUGGAGAUGAUAAUAAUAAGGGUUUAGUGUUGGAAUGGUGUGAGCAAUUGAGAGUGUUAAUGCAUGAUGCUGUAGGUGGUUUCCGGUCUCACUGUGGAUGGAAUUCAACUAAAGGUGUGUCUGCUGGUGUUCCUUUUCUUACUUUUCCAAUAAUAUCAGAUCAACGACUCAACAGUAAGAUGAUAGUGGAAGAUUGGAAGGUUGGUUGGAGAGUGAAGAAAUAUGUUUACCCUGAAAGAUUGAUAAGUAGAGAUGAGAUUGCUGGGUUGUUGCAGAAAUUUAUGGAUUUGCAUGAUGAAGAUGGAAGAGAUAUGAGAAAGAGAGCUAAAGAACUUCAACGUGUACGUCAGCUUUCAAUAGCAAAUGGUGGUUCGUCUGAAACUAAUAUCAAUGCCUUUAUCAGGGAUAUCACAAAAAGAAGCUAGCAACUAUGGUGAAUAAAAAUUAUGUAUACAAAGUUGAACAUGAAAAAUGUGGUUCAUUCUUGAUAUUCUGGACAACAUAUGCAUGAUAAUUUGCAUGUUAGUUUUUGAAAUAUGUCUUGUUAUAAUAUU